AUGUUCAAGACUUCUUCAGAAUCCCGUUUGGUUGGCGAAAGCUGUCGACGGAAUACAGAUUGUGUGUCUGGAGCCUAUUGUGAGACCGGUCGGUGUCGUUGUUUGGGUAACUAUGUGGAAAUGAAAGAUCACUGUUGGAGAAGUGGAGUAAAUCCGGAGGAAUCCGGUUGCACGUACGAUGUACAAUGUGAUGCCAUUUGGCCUGGAUCUUUCUGUCAAUACUCGAUUUGCAAAUGUCCAUUGGGUAAAAUGGUUGCUGCAACGAGAGAAGGAGCUGUCUGUCAUUCACCUGGUGAAUGCCCAACUGGGAGUGUCUCCUCAGCUCUCCUCAAUCGCAACUCGCUAUCGCUGGCAAAUUGCUAUUUCUUUGAUGGAGAGGAUCGACGAGCUGGGAAAUUUAUUGGAUGUGAUGAUUACCCUGAAGUUCAUGAAUGCAUUGAGGGACUUUGCUGCCCAACUAGAGCUCUCACUUGCAUUCAACCGGCCGAUCCGGGCGAUGGAGGAAAUGAGACAUCAAUUGUAACACCGAGAUGGUAUUAUGAUUCGAUCACUGGCAGUUGCCAGCAGUUCAAUUAUUCGGGACAAGGCGGAAAUUCCAACAAUUUUCUUACCAAGCAACAAUGUGAGAGCUAUUGUGAAGCAAGAUGUGCCCGAGGACAACCACAACUCGAUUUUACUGUUCAAGACUCGGAUCCCUUGGCUUCGUUGACACUUUUAUGUCAAAGAGAUUCGGAUUGUGAUGAGGAUAGGUUCUCUUGUCAAACGAGAAGUUCCACUAGCAGCUGUUGUCCAAAAGCCGAGUUCAUUUGCUCUGAACAUGGUGGUCUUCUCGGAGAACAGGUUGAUCUCACUUCAUCCGUUUCCACAACAAUUCCAUUCUCUGCGGGGGAAUGGUACUGGGAUGACAAUGAACGGCGCUGUAGAACGUUCCAAUAUCUCGGACAGGGUGGAAACUUUAACAAUUUCCUCUCGGAACAACAUUGCCUGGGUUACUGUACAAAAGCUUUGUGUCCAUAUGGGACUCCUCUCCGAAUUUCAUCGGGUUCUCUCAUUGAAUGCUCGGUUUCUUCACAAUGCCCGAGAAGUCAUCAAUGUGUUUCCGGGGCUUGUUGUCCUACAUCUGCCACAAUCUGUAAUCAGCCAUUAUCUGAAGGAGUCAACUGUCUAUCCGAAGAAGUACCGAGAUUCUGGUUUGACUCAUCGACUGGCUCCUGUCAACAGUUUUCUUAUCGUGGCUGUCAAGGAAAUGCAAACAAUUUCCACACCCAUCGUGAAUGUCAAACAUUUUGCAGUCAAAUUGAAGAGGAGCCAAAGUGCGUGGUUGGAGAAGCGUUGCGUUUGGAGAGUGGUCGAUUCUGGAAAUGCGGAGUGAGAGGGGUGACUUGCCCGAAUCAGUACGAGUGUCUCUUUGAUGGAAAUCAACACGGAUGCUGUCCGACACAAGCAUAUACAUGCAGUCAAAUGCCGGACGAGGGACGCUCAUGUUCGCCUGGGAUCUCGAUUCGAUGGUUCUACGACAACAAACACGCUCAAUGCCGGUCAUUUUCUUACCGAGGAUGUGACGGAAAUUCGAACAACUUUGCUUCACAAAAAGAUUGUGAAGAUUAUUGUGUCCAAAAGCUGAAAUGCCCUCCACCCUACACAAAUCCCUUCGAAGCUCCACAGUUUUGCAGCCCACAAUACAAAUCGUGUCAAGAAGAGCACGAAUGUGUUUCGGUUACUUCAUCAAAUCAUGUCUGUUGUGCUCCACAAUGUCUAAUUAUUUUAGAAAAAGGAUUGGUGAGUAAAAGGGUAAUGGCCUCAAGUGGUGAACCGCGUCGCUGUGAUUCAAAAUUGCCAUGUGAUCGAGGAUCAAUGUGCCGAUUCUCUGAAGUUCUCUGGCUUGAUAUCUGUUGCCGACCGAGCGAAGAAAGGAUCGUCAGUGAAGAAAAUUCUGAAGAAUCGAUGAGCGCUCGAAGAGCAUCGAAUCCAUUUGAAGAGCUUGAUCCACAAAUCGAAUUUCAAAGCGAUCAGGAAAGCCGGAGACAAGAAAGACCGAAACUGGCUUUAAAGGGUUCAACGAACAGAAGAGGAAAUAAGCAGCCAACAAAAUGCAAAUUGAGCUAUUCAAAUGGGGAAACGAUAUCGGAUGAAUGCAAGAAAGUUGUAUUCCCCGGUGAAGACGGAUGUGAUGAUGGUCACCCUUGUACAGGACAAUCUCGAUGUGUUCAAGGGAAAUGCUUCUGUCAUCCACGAGCCGUUCUUUUCAACAAAAUGUGUUAUUGGAAAUGCCCACUUUCUUAUCGAAAUGCUUCAGGAAUCUGUGUU